AUGAAGACUGCAAUCUUAUCACCUGUGGGCAUCUUCGGAUGGCUCACAAUAGCAACAUUAGUACUCGGCACUAGUAAUGCUUUUUGGCCAUCGUGGGCUAUGAUCAAGAGAACCACAUCUACUCUUCCACCCCAGGCCAGCAGUAAUGGUAUCUGCUAUACUUAUACUGUUCAAGCGUCCGAAACAUGCCAAACUAUUGCGUCGCAAUAUGAGAUCACUGCGGCUGAAAUCGAGACUUAUAACAGCGAAACCUGGAACUGGACAGGAUGUGCUAGCAUUGAACAAGGUGAAUUUAUUUGUCUUAGCUCCGGACAACCACCGAUGCCUGUUGCUCUCCCACAAGCUACUUGUGGUCCUCAGGUCCCAGGCACCGUUCGACCAAAUGAUUAUUCAAUCCUUUCUUCAUUGAAUCCGUGUCCUGGUGGUCAAUGUUGUGUGAUGGGAGGGUAUUGUCUCUCAGAUUCAACUUCAUGCGCAUCAAAGAACUGCAUCUCGAAUUGUGGGAAAGGAUCGACCGAUGCCACCACCAAAUCAGUUGAGACGGAUACCCAGUCAGCUCAAUCCACCAGUGAACCUCAGGCUGAGUUUACUUCAACCAAAGUCGAUACCACCACUCAGUCUAUAUCUACAUCAGAUAUCACAACAGAACAACCAAGUUCAAGUUCUACAUUCCAUACUACAACAUCUGAUACUACAACCUCCCACACUUCUACUACCUCCCAUACUACCACCACCUCUCAUACUUCUACCACCUCCCACACAUCCACCUCCACCUCAACCAAAACAACCACAACCACAACAAGCUCAAGCACAACCAGCACCGAGUCCAUCCCAACCCCCACCUGGGCUCUUACAGGAUACUCCGGCAUGAAUUGCGACGGAGAUUACUACGUCAUAGCCGGCACCGGCGCAGCAGACUCUACAUGCAUAGUCCUUCAAGAGGAACACCCAACAAUGAUUAUAGAAGGAACAGACUUUUCCUGUGGCUUCUACACCGACAACGGGAUUAACUGGGCUAAUUGUGCGGAAGGCCUAGAGGUAACCGUUUGGUCUUGGAUGAUGGACGGGGGUAAUUGUGUUGCGUAUACAAAUACGGAUUGUACAAAAAACGAUUGGUCGGUUACUGUUUCUCAGCUUGAGGAAUGUAAGGGUAAUAGUAUGUAUAAGUUUAACAGUGAGGAGAUUUGGAAAUCGGUGAAGUGUACGAUAGACUUCACGUAG